AGGACGCCCGCGCCGCGGCCGAGGAGCUCGAGCUCGCCAGGCGGCCCGCCCUCUCCAGGCAGCUGGCGUUCUACUUCUCGGACGCGAACCUGCGCCACGACAGGUACGUCCGAGAGAAGAUCGAGGAGGACGAGGGGGGCUACGUGCCCAUCGACUUCGUGCUGCCCUUCAACCGCCUCAGGGCCCUCGGCUGCACCGGCGCCGCCGAAGUGGCCGCCGCCGUCGAGGCGGCGCCGGCGUUUAUGGGCAUAGAGUUGUCGCCCUGCCGCGGGCGGCUGCGGCGGCGGGCCUCCGCUGCGCGCGCGCGCGUCGCCCUCCUCGUCCUCGUCGCCACCCCUCCCUCCGCCCCGAGCCCCCGUCACGUGUUGUUCUAUCAUAAGGCUGGGCGCGGGGGGGGCGGCGAGGCAUUCCCGAAAUCCUGUUCCGGCGUGGGAUUUCCCCGCGCCCCGCUGGAACGCGGAAGGGUGUCAGCACGCGCGCAUCAUGGAUGGCUCCUAAUGGCUCUCUGUUUGACGAUCCGCACUGGAGCGUGCAGCUGCCGCAGGAA